AUGAGUAGAAUUAGAUGCAUGGAAUGCGGUUCAAUUUAUAAAACCGCCCAAGCCUAUGAAAAGCAUAUAGCUACAACCAAACACAAGAAAAUAGAAGAACUCACAUGGUAUGCUAGUAGAAUAGGAAAGAAUGAAGGUAUAUUUGUGCAGACAAUUAUUGAAGAGUUUGGAUGGGAGCCUUUUUAUUUAGUUGAAGAGAAUGAAGUGGAAAGCAUCCUGCACAUAUACAAAGGAGACUCUGAGAACAUUUCAUUGCUUAUAGAUAAAAGAGAAAUCGAUAUGGAAAAAACCUUUGAUUAUUUUGAUGCAACAUUGUCCAUUUAUACUGUUAGUUUAGUAUUUAGAUCAACCCGAAAUUAA